CAAUCUCAUUUAGUGUGCCAUCGCAGACAUGGCCGUGUUGUUGUGUAUUUGUCUACUGGGGAUUCUAGCAAUUGGAGGCAGUAACUGUGACCAUGAUUGCCAAACAAGGAGAGUAAUCAUCGACCAAGGACCCGUAAUAGGCCGUAAGGAUGACCGCGCUGAUAUUUUUAACUUCUACAAUAUACCUUAUGCCAAGGCACCGACAGGAGUCAACAAAUUUAUGGCACCCCUGCCACCACCUACCUGGAAAGAACCAUUUGACGCUGUUAAUAGACGAAUAAUCUGUCCACAAAUAAAUUCUCCUCUGAAAACAUCUGACAAAACUAUGCAAGAGCAAGAAGACUGUCUCGUUACAAGUGUUUACGUACCCGAUACCAAAGAUGUUAAUCUGCCAGUGUACGUGUAUGUACACGGCGGUGGAUUUCAAAUUGGUUUUGGCGAUGGUAUGACGUUCAGGGAGAUGAUGAAAACGAAGGACUUUAUUUUAGUCACCUUCAAUUAUCGUCUAGGAGUUCAUGGUUUCCUCUGUUUGGGAACAGAAAAAACCCAAGGUAAUGCUGGUAUGAAAGAUCAGGUGGCGUUGCUGCGCUGGGUGAAAAGAAACAUUGCUGCGUUUGGUGGCAACCCUGACGAUGUGACUAUAGGAGGCGGGAGUGCUGGCGCCGCCGCAGUGGAUCUGCUGUUAUUAUCACAAUCGGCUAGAGGACUUUUUAACAGAGUAAUUGCAGAGAGUGGUAGUGCUCUCGCUGCAUUUUCUCUUCAAUCAGAUCCCAUUGAAAUGGCUCAAAACUAUGCAAAGUUGCUAAAUUUCACCGAAUACAAUGACAUUUACGCAUUGGAAAACUUUUUUACAACUGCAUCGUAUGACUUUUUAGUUUCACUACCAUUUGAAUUUGCACCAGAUGCUAAAGUUGGAAUAUCUCUCUGUGUAGAGCGGCCUGCAGGAGAAGAAAUAUUUAUCGAUGAUUCACCUUUAAAUAUAUUAAAAAGCGGAAAUUACAAAAAUGUCCCCUUAUUGUAUGGUUUUGCUGACUUUGAAGGGAUUAUAAUGGGUGGUUUAUUUGGACAUUGGAGCAAAUUGAUGAAUGAACAAUUUUCGAUUUUCUUACCGGCUGAUUUAAAAUUUGAAACUGAAGAAGAAAAAGAAAAACUUGCCCAGAAAAUAAAAGCAUUCUAUUUUGGAAAAAAUCCUGUUGAUGUCAAUUCCAUACAAGCCUAUGUAGAAUAUUAUUCUGAUAUUAUGUUCACUUAUCCUGCUUUAAAAUCGUUGGAGCUUCAACGAUUACAUGGCAAUGAUAAAAUUUAUUUGUAUGAAUUCUCUUAUUACGAAGGAGAAGGAACCCGAGUUGGAUACAAAGAUUAUAUGCUCAAAGGUGCGAAUCAUUGCGGUCAGUCAAUGGCCGUGUUUGAUGGGUCCUUUUUGUAUGAAGGCGGUGAAUUUGAGAUUUUUGAAGAAAGCACUUUAUCAGACGAGUAUAAGGGAAUAAAAGCAACUACUAGAGAAAUGUGGCAAAACUUCAUUAAACUCGGAGUGCCAGUUCCUCCGGGUUCGUCGUUGCCGGCAUGGCCGCCGAUGGGCGAGGCAUGGUCCCCGCACAUGUCGCUGGGGCGUGUGGUCGAGCUGCGCGGCUCGCUGCUGGAGGAGCGCGCGCGUUUCUGGGACGACAUCUACCAGCUGUACUACCGCAACCCCGUGCCGCCGCCAUCGCCGCCUGCAAGGCACCAGGAGUUGUAAAUUUACUUAUUUCAAAUUUAUUUAUUUAAUUGAUACACAAACAGAUUACAAUCAAAACAAGUCUUAAGUAUAGACAUAAAGUGAAGGCACUAGAUUGUGUUCCAGUUACAUGUGUAUACAGAAUCAACAUAUUUAUGGGCAGAAUAACAACUUACAAAAGAGUAUUAAAGAAAAAAAUAAAUGCAAAAGCCAAAAUUGGUACUAUGUAUAUUACCUAGGUGAAUGUGCAAACAGUUUAAUUAAGUACGAAAAAAUGUAGUUGGAAACAAAAUGACAGAAAUCCAAGUUAGUAUGAUAAUGCUGAUAUGGAAUGUAUAGAUAAUAUAAUAUAAUACCCUAUAUAAUUAAUCAUAUGAACUAAAGAGGCAAAGCUCGAUCAGUUAUAAAAGAAAUCAAAGUCAAUUCAGAGUUUCCGCUUUUAUUUUUAUCUACCUAUUAGUUUAUCAAAAAAUGGCGGUAACUGCUAUUAUAUGAGAAUAUACUUAGUUAAAAACAAAUUGUUAAUUUUUACUACAAUAAAACGAAUGUUAAUCACUAUCGGUUAGUCUUGUUACCCGAUUGCAAGCAAAUUGUUAUUUAUAUUUGUUUCGCGCGUAUCUUGUAAUGUUAUUGUUACCUCAAUUCCAAACGGCUCCAGCCAGUCGUUUCAUGUAAUGUAUAAUCGUCGAUGUUGUAUCAUUAGAAUUCCGUUAAAGUGUUCUAAGUUCAUUGAAGUUAAAAAAAAAUAACAACACAGGCGGUUGUGAGAUGUUAUUAUUUGAAGAAUUUUAUAUGAUGAGUGUUUCAUGUUUUCAUAAAACUCUUUAGGUACCUUAAAAAUACGAGAAGAAUUUUUCAGUAAAAAUGCUAGCGGGUUAUGUGUUUUUAAUUCACUCAUUUUGACAGUUUUCCACAGUGCUAUCAAAUUACGAAAACAGAAAAAUCAAAGUCACUCUUAUAUCAUCAUUAUUCUCAAUUCGUUUAUUUCACGUUGCUUUUUGUUUAUUCCAUAAGCAUUCAUGAUGAUUAACAAUGACUAAGAAGUUAUUGUGGUUGUAUUUUUAGUACCUAAUUAAUCUCAAUCAACAAGCGGGUUUUGUUUUUUUAAUUCUUUCCUUGUUUAGAUUUUGACAUUUUCCCGCAGUGCUAUCAAGUUAUGUAAACAGAUUUUAUCAAAAAAUGUUAAAGUCACUCUUAUAUCGCUUUAUUUAAGAUUGUCAUCAUUAUUCUCAA